CUCACCAUUGCCUGCUCUUCCCGACACAGCAUCGGCGCUCUGCAUGGCCGCCUCCAUCGCAAGCGAGUCUUUGCCAUCUGCCCGCAGUUGGCAGAAUUGGCGGCCUCCGCUCACCCCACACGUCUUCGGUUUUCUUCUCACCGAUGAGGUCGCGCAAAAGUACUGCGCCCAUUAUUGCCCGCUCUCGGACGAGGACGAUCUAGCGAGCCAUCUCUCCUACCUCCAGGUUGAGGGACUCCAGGCCAUACUUGGUGACAAGUAUGACUUGCAGAACUUCACCAGCGUGCUCGUAUACAAGGAUAGGAAGCGCAUGACCAUGGCGUUCGCGCUGGUGCUAGCGGACAAUCGCGGCAUUGACGACGAUCAGAGGGUGCCCCCGCCGCCUGAAGUUGUGGCCCAGAUUGCGGAUGAGCUGGGUCUGGAGGGCGCUGAGCGCGAGCCACGCUGGUACAAGCCCGUUUAGUGGCGCACAACGUCGCCGAGAAUGCUCGGGGUCUUUCUGUAGCAUACACUAUUUUUGCUCUCGAAUCGUAGCGAGGCUCGGCCCCCUUGGCGAAACAA